AUGGAGCCUCUGGAUCCUGCCAAGAAUGUUGACAGCGGUGGAUUUUCCAAGCGCCGAAUUUCCUCGAUUUUGAAAGCUCCACGGAAAUCAACUUUAAUCUGUGACCCAGAGCAACAGGAAAACAAGGUGGAAAGUACCAAAGCCGUUGAAAAAAGGAAUUCAAGGAGAGUCAGCUUUGCACCUGCCAAUGAUGUUCUACUGUUUGCCAAGGAUGCCAAAAAUUCCUCUCCUGCCCGAAGCCCUCUACAAGAGUUAAUUACAGCAAGUAUAGAAAACCUGUUGAGUGCUCCUCUACACAUUUCUCAACAAAGAGAUAUGGUCAGCGCCGAUGGUGGGAACGACGGGGAGCAAACUGUGAUGUUUUCCACAGAGGACGCGGUCAUGGACAUGACCCACAGUCACACCAUAAACAUUGCCAGUGAUGCGCAGUUGCUUGGAGACAUUCCUCUUCAGAACAAUGAUGUUAUACUCAAAGGCAGGGAACAAAAAGGGGCUGUAGAUGGUGGAUCCGCAGAUAUGUCGCUAAAUCAUACUGGAAACAUAACGAGCACAUUAGGAUCACUACUGACGGACAGAAAUGCAGAUUUAAGUAACACAGAGAAGAAAAAUAUAUCAAAAGUAGCAUCUAUGGAUCCUGGAUUUGAGAACUUCCUUGCAAGUCUCUCCAAAACAAGCAGUUCCAGCAAUGCUGGGAUCACCAAGAGGACGCCUUUGGCUGGAUCACUCUCUGAAGAGACAAACUUCUCCCUUGGCGUGAAUAAAACACCCAGAGAUGUUGUGGACAAAGAAAACCUGGUUCCAAAGUCACUAAAUACCACCAAGAAGACUGUCGGGCCGCUUCAAGGGUUCUUUCCAGGCGACGAUGUGAGCAUGGACAUAUCUGCAGCGCAGACAGGCCCUAUUUCGGGAACUGGUGAUGAUGAUGACCCGUUUCAGUGUCUCUUUCCCUCCGAGUACAUGUAUGCAAGAGCAUCGCAGAUGGCUGAGUUGAAACAGCAGCAAAGCAGUGAAAUUGUGGGAGCAGUAGAUCUGAAAGAAAUCACCUUGAAGAACCCUCCGUCAAAUGCUCAUCAAAGACCUGUUGAAAACAUUUCAACUGAGGAGGACUAUAGAGAGAAAACAGUGAGGUUUUCUGCAGAUGAUGCCUGCAUGAAUGAGACACAAAGUCACACUGUAAACAUAGCCACCGGUUUUAAACCGCAAUUGCCCAAGAGUGGGAGAUCUUCACCCACAUGUGGAGAGAAAACUGUGAAGUUCUCUGUAGAUGAUGCCGCGAUGGAUAUUACUCAGUGCCUCACAGUGAAUAUUGCCAAUAAUAUGUUGUCAGAUUCAGUCAACUCUGAGAGGAAACACGAGGGUGAGACCUGUGGUCCACCUGAAAACAGAUACUCAUCCACACACAGUUUGGACCCAGGAUAUGAUAACCUUUUGGCAAGCUUAUCGAUACCAAGUGACGGGAGUGUUAGACCGGCACAAUCCAUUGGCCAGACAAUCUACGUGGAAUAUGACUCGGUCAUGGAUAUGACUGAACCUCAGACCGGGGGCGUUUUGGAGGGUGAUGUGAGCAUGGAUAUGACCGAGGUCCAGACAAGCCGCAUCUUUGAAACCACGGGUGCAGAUUAUUUAGCCUCAGGAGGCAUGUACCAACAAGGCUAUAAACCAAAGAAGACAGAGACGACUUCACAUCUGCAGAGUAGUGGAGAGCCCGAGUCAUCUAACAGUCACGGUAUGGAAAAGUUUUUGAAGACUUCUUUGCAGACAACAAUGCAAAGACAACAGAUUAAGUUGGAAGCCGAAGAUGUCCGCAAAGAUAAAACAAUCAGGUUUUUUUGUGAUGACGCAUGUAGGGACGUCACACAAAGUCACACCGCGAAAAUCGUCACCAAUUUACCACUGCUGUCAAAGCAGAACAUAGACAUGCCUGCCAGUGGAGAGAAGACCGUGAGGUUUAGUGCCUAUGACGCAGCCAUGGACGUCACAAAAAGUCACACCGUCAACAUUUCCACCGAUCUGAAUUUGCUUUCACACCAGAAUUUGGACUAUUUGACUGCUAAUGGAGAGAAAACUAUGAGAUUCACAGCAAAAUCUGCAGACAUGGACAUGACCAGAAGUCUCACUGUCAACAUUGAUACUGAUUUGGACACGCUGCCACAAAAAAAUGAAGACUUCCUACCUGCCAUUGGAGAGAAGACGGUGAGGUUUAGUGCCUUUGACGCAGCCAUGGACGUCACAAAAAGUCACACCGUCAACAUUUCCACAGAUCUGAAUUUGCUUCCACAGAAAAAAUUGGACUAUUUGACUGCAAGUGAAGAGAAAACUACGAGAUUCACUGCAAAAUCUGCAGCCAUGGACAUGACGAGAAGUCUCACUGUCAACAUUGCUACUGAUUUGGAAGCACUACCACAAAAAAAUGAAGACCUCUUACAUGCCGGUGGAGAGAAGACGGUGAGGUUCAGCACGGACAACGCAGCCAUGGAAGUGACGAGAAGUCACACUGUCAACAUUGCUACCGAUUUGGUUAUGGAAACGCAUCAAAAUGAGGACCUCCUACCUGCCAGAGGAGAGAAGACGGUGAGGUUUGGUGCUUAUGAUGCAGCCAUGGACGUCACAAAAAGUCACACUGUCAACAUCUCCACCGAUCUGAAUUUGCUUUCACACCAGAAUUUGGGCGUUUUGAGUUCAAAUGGAGAGAAAACCAUGAGAUUCACAGAAAAAUCUGCAGCCAUGGACAUGACCAGAAGUCUCACUGUUAACAUUGCCACUGAUUUGGACACGCUGCCACAAAAAAAGGAAGACCUCCUACCUGCCGGUGGAGAGAAGACCGUGAGGUUCAGCACGGACGACGCAGCCAUGGACGUCACAAAAAGUCACACCGUCAACAUUGCUACUGAUUUGGACACGCUGCCCCAACAACCUGUGGACCUUUUGCCUGCCAGUGGAAAGAGGACUGCGAGGUUUGCAGAACAUGAUGAUGCUAUGGACGUGAGAGGAAGUCGCUCCACUACUGCCACCCAUUUUGAAACCAGCAAUGUAAGGACUGAGGCUGUUGCUGUGAGGAACACCCCCAGGGCCCUGGCACACGAUCCCACUGCCAAUAACUCAACCAACUUUGAACGAAAGCCACAUCUAAGUGCAGACCUCGUUCCUCCACAUGGAGAGAAAACCGUGAGGUUCACUACAAGUGAUGCUGCUAUGGAAAUGACCCACAGCCUCACCGUCAAUAUUGCCAGUAAUUCUACUUUUUCUUUGCCGGACCAAACGGAAGAAAGGGUGAAGAAAUCUGACAGCGAGGAUGAUGCUCCACAUUUAAAAGUGGCCUCAUCAGCAGAUAGUUUAGAUGGAAAAUUAAAAAACCUGCUGGCUGAAGCAAGUGGUCCCUUGGACGGUCAGAGAGCACACCUUCCACAUACACCAUUUCCUCCAGAAACUCUUGUUUCAGCUGACUGUCAGGGGCAGUUAAAAAGGCCGAAAUCCAACACGAGUGCUGAAAAUGAAGCUCCAGGAUUGGUUUCGACUUUUGAGAAGCCAGUGAAUAAAACAGUGGCCGACUGUUCAGAAAUCAGUGCAAGCAUGGACAUGACUGAGGUUCAAACGGGGUGCAUCCUGGAACAAACUUACUCAGACGAACCCCCUGACAGUCGAAGUUUUGAUCCUGUGAGGAAAAAUGGGCUGUCUUCCCGUAACACUGAGGCACUGGUAAUAUCCAGCCCAAAUGCUUUGGAAAUCACAAAUCCUCCACAUUAUCCGGACUCAAAUGAAACGGAGGCCACGAAACCAGGACCUGCGGCCUGUCCUGUGACACAGAAGCUGGACAGUUCGCCAGGUGUCGACACCAAGAGUGCACGGACGUCGAGGCGCAUGAGUCUAGCUGACCUCCAGUCGAAGGUGAGGCGUUUGAGCCACAUGAUAAAUGCAGCGCCUGAAGAGACCGCCACGGACAUCUGCACGGCCCCUUUGGCCCAGUCUGACCCAGACCUGGAGGAAAACCCGGAGGCUAGAGCCCCGUCUCUGCCCGGGGCCGAGCCAGAGCCGGAGGUGAGCGCGGGAAACGGCGCCGAGCAGCCGUCCGAAAUAACUCCGGCCACGCCCUUCAACCUGCAGACAAAACGGCUCAUGUCCAGACUGUCAGUGGGAGGCUUCAAGGCAAAACUGCCCCGCAGGAGCAACGCCGAAGAGGUAAAGAAGAUGACCGCUGCCGCCAGCGCAGCCAAUCAGCUGAAAGAGUCGGGGAACGACGUCAGCGACAUCGACGAUGAAGAGCUGGGCAGCUGCGAGGACAUGUCGGAAACACUGGACGGCAGGAGUCCUGACCACGUCUCUGCGGUGGAGCUUGCCUCCCUGGAGUGGGACGUGUUUGAGCCUUCGAAGGAAGAUCUGUUUCAAGAAGGCCGCUUUGGUCCCGUCCACAGACACAAGAGACCUCUACCGGAGGAUGAAGUCAAAAAGGAGGAUGAGAAGAGACUGAGAGCGUGCUCAGAGUUUGUGGAGCCGGCUCUUCAAAGCGACGCUGCUGACUGUGAGAGGGACGUCACUACAGCUCAGGCCGCCACGCAGAACGUCGACUCCUCCAGUCACAGUCACACAGCCAGCAGAUGUGAAACGGCCUACGAGUCAACCAUCAAACACAGCCUGUUUGAAUCCUACCUUGAGGAUUAUAACAGUGAUGUUCAGAAAAAACUAGAAGACGGCACAAUAACAGUUUUGGAGUUCUUCAAGCUCUUCAACAUAGACUUCGUCAUCCACAAUCCUCGGCAAAGUGUAGUUCCAGGCAGACUUUUGUCAGACACAGAUAGCACACCAAUGGAUUUAUUGAAAGACCGGCACAUAAGCCGCCCCAAACAGCUGGUCUAUGACUCGGACAUCCAGAGCCUGACAGAGAGGGUUGAAGGGUUGAAGGUUCGAAUGCAGGAUCUGGACAAACAUCUUAAGGCUGUGAAUCGAGCGUUGUGGGAGGAGAUGAGGCACUCCACAGAGGAAGAGAUCAAAUCUUUCGGUGCUAAACUAAAGGAGAGAAACAACUUCUUUAGAAAAAUGAGCAAAGUUCAGUCGCAUGAAAUGAAGGAGCUUCUGUACUCUAACCUCGUGCAGGCCAACAUGGCAGAGCAGCAGAAACUGAGAGGAAAAAUAGAGGAGGCGGAUGUGAUGAUUAAAAGUCUGGAUGACUGCAUCGGUCAAUUACAAGCAGAACUCACCGCGGUUGAAGAAAAAGGAUCUGAAGAUAAACCCAGUCUGAAGACCCUGCAGGAAGAAAUGAAGCGAGUCACUGAACGCUUGGCCGACAGUGACAGGCAAAUAACUGAACUGGAGAUGCAGAAAAAGCAGAAUUCAAGCAAACUCACCAGGCUGAAAGCUGAGACGAGGAACCUGGAGAACCAUGUGGAUGUGCUCAAUGAGUUAAACGAAUGGAAGUUCAGAGAGAAGAAGGACGACUGCUCAGUCUACAGUUUCCUCCAUGAGACCAUGCUCCUGCAGUUGGUGUAUGAAAAGUCCAGUGGAAGUGACGCAGACAUCGAAUCGGAGCAGAAGAUAACAAGCAUCGCCUUUAAAUUAGAGCUUGAUGAUGAGAAGUCCCAGUUCCACGCUCGCCUCGUUCACAAACUGGUGUCCCAGUACGUUGAGGGAGAACCGGCCUGGGUGGAGAAAUACCCAACCAGCAGACAUCUUCCCAAGCUGCUCCAUGACAUCAGCCUGGUGGUGAGUCGCUGUCGUCUGCUGGGAGAGGAGCUGCGUCUGCUGAAGACGUGGGGAGCUCUACGGCUUAACAUUCUCCACAUCGACUGCACGGGCACCCGAGUCCACGUUGUCUUCAGCAGUUUGAAGACAUUUUCCAAGUUUGAGGUGGUCUUCUCCGUCGGUUUGGGGGACCAGUCCUACGUCCUUCAUGUAGAAAGCUUCAAAAACAUCACUGGGAGCACAACAAUCCAACAGAUCGAAGAAAUCAUGACAUCCUUCACUCCAGCCAGGAACUUGUUGACUAGGAUCAUCAAAAAGAUUAAUAACACUUUGCUGUGUUGACCUGAUCUACGUCCACCAUCGCAUUUCCAUCCAAGCUCUUCGUAAUUGAACUCCGUAUUGUAAAGACAUUAAAGCUUUCUUUUCUAUCGAGAAGGCUUUCUUCUUUUUUUUUCUUUUGAUAGAUAUAUAGUGUACAGUUUCCGCUCAAUUAUUUUUCCUAUUUGUUGUAAAUAACUUUUCUCUGCUUGUUCUAAUGGAAAAAAUACAUUAUAGUGUUGGAAUGAAAAAUUCCGGUUCAGCCUUAAAUUGGAUCCACUUAACAUUAUUUGGAAAGACUCUCGAGUCCAAAUGUUUUUUUGUUUUUUUUUUUUAAACUGGUGGGAAAUUACUCUUGGUGAUGUCUGAUGAAAUGGAUCAUAAUGAAUUUAAACUUCUUGUAGAAUUUGGUUCAGUUCAUAUUUUCCUAAAUGAUUUGAAAUCUGCUUUUUGGUGUUCUGUGGCUUCUUUCAGUUUGUGACUGAUGAAAGUCACAAACUUUCAACUUACAGCAGCUUAAACCACUGAACAUUUAGUUUGUAAAUAUCUUCAGUUUUUUUAUACUAAGUGUCAAAAACGAAUAAUCUCUUUG